ACGCUUUCCUCAGUCGGGAUGCCGUACGUGUACCCUCGCGUUGUUUUCCAGUAUCACCGCGAUGAUCGGUGAGCUUAGAGCGCCGGUAACGACGCCCGUUGUGGUCAGGAGCCUCGUGCUUAUUAUUUCUAUUGUGGGACUCGCGCGCACCGACAUUCUGCCGACAGUCGAAGUACCGACCUUUGUAUUGCCGAUAUCAAAUGUGACAGUACCUGUGGGGAGGGAAGCUGUACUCGCUUGUACGGUUGAUGAUUUAUCAAAUUACAAGGUGGCAUGGCUUCAAGUAAAUACACAAACAAUACUAACGAUUGCUAUUCACGUUAUUACCAAGAACCACAGGAUCUCAGUAUCGCAUAGCGAUCACAGGAUAUGGUACUUACAUAUACGAGACGUUCGUGAAAGCGACCAAGGCGAUUAUAUGUGUCAAAUAAAUACCGACCCGAUGAUUAGCCAAGUAGGACAGCUCAAAGUUGUAGUACCUCCAGAUAUUCUUGAUUAUCCAACAAGCACGGAUAUGGUUGUAAGGGAGGGUAGCAAUGUGACACUACGUUGUGCAGCUUCCGGAUCACCGCAACCCAAUAUCACGUGGAAACGUGAGUCUGGUGAGCAUAUUGUUUUGGGAGCAAAUGACGAAGCUGUAUCCAGUGUUAAUGGAUCAACAUUGAACAUAACGAGGGUAAAUCGACUUCACAUGGGAGCAUAUCUGUGCAUAGCUUCCAACGGGGUACCACCGACUGUCAGCAAGAGAAUAAUGCUCAUCGUUCAUUUUCCACCCAUGAUAAUGGUACAAAAUCAGUUGGUUGGAGCGCAAGAAGGACAAAACAUGACACUUGAGUGUCACUCGGAGGCAUAUCCUAAGGCUAUUAAUUAUUGGACACGUGAGAAUAAUUUGGUUAUAUCAAAUGAUGAAAAAUAUGAAUCGUCAUAUACAGAUAGUCUACAAAUGGACGCGUACAAAGUUCAUAUGAAGUUAACAAUAAAAAAAGUGGAACUAUCGGACUACGGAUCAUAUAAAUGUAUCUCGAAAAAUUCGCUCGGCAGUACCGAUGGCACUAUAAAACUAUAUCGGAUUGAAACACCAACGACUCUACCAGAACCGUCAACGACUACCCCAGUACCGCCUACAGUAGUCAUAGUGGAAAGUAAACCGAAACCACGUCAAAAAGUAUCUCCAACAGUUGUGUCGAAUUUCAAUGAAAUAAUUGAUGCAUCAAAAACAUCCGAGAGUGAAAAACGUGGUGCCCAAUUACGUGAAAGACCGAAGACAAACGCAAAGAGCGGAAGAAAAAAAAGUGACGACAGGUCACAACAAACAGACGAAGCAGCGCGAUCAAUGUCUUCGAGAAGCGCCGGUAUCUUAUCAAUUACACGCUCUAAUUUUGCUUUACUCACUAUCACAUUAACUGCAUUUUUAUAAUUAUUAUAAACAUAAAUAUCAGCAAUAUAAUUUUAUAAUUUUUUUAAAUGAUUGAACUAAAACGUUUAAUUGAUUUGAGUUUUAUGUAAGUAAUUAAUUAAUUGAUUGGUUAAUUAAUUAUUUAUUAUUGACUGUUGAAGAAAGUAGCUUGUACAUUCCGCACAAUAAAAAUAAAUAAAUAUCUCUGUACAUAUGUGUGUGAGUGAUAGUUAAGAAUAUGAACAUAAUAAUUGUAUGUAAUAUGAUUAAAAUAAAAGUAUUUUGUAAAUAGCUAACAAACUAAUUAAUAAUCAUAUUUUAAUUAAUAAGUAAUCGUUAUAUCUGUAAAUAUGGAUCGUUCAUUGAUUGUUAUCAGGGAUAAUGAAUGUUGUGUGAUUUUACAGAAAUAAUAAUAAUAAAAAUAAAAAAAAAUAUGUUGCUUUAGUUUUAAGUAUGUAUUGACUGUACAUAUAAUUAUGUACAUAUAUAUGUAUAUUAUAUAUUAAUUAAAUGAGUAUCCGUAAUCACAUUGAUAAAUAUAAUUUUGUAUGUAAAAAAGAAAUUUUUAUUGAAAGUUUAUGUGAAAGUUGAAUGUGUAAGCUAUAGUUUAAACGUUUGUUAAAUUAUUUUAUUAAGUGAAGAUUAUAAUUAGAAUUUUAAUAAAUGAUAAAAUUUUUGUUAUGUAUUCGGUUAAGUUGUCACAUGUUCUAAUAAACUCAAAAAAUAUUAUUUAUACUAAGGAAUAAUAUUUUAUUAUGAUAAGAGCGAUUGGACAACUGAAUUUUAAUUGUACAUUUAGGAGUCUCAUUAUUUUUAUACAAAGGUACUGCAUCAUUGUUUAAUCGAUAGCUUUUAGAAUUAGUUUUAAUUUUUUGCAAUUUAUUCACAUAAGAAGAAAAGCAAGUGAUCGUUUAGUAGUUGACAUUCUACUUCAUUUCUUAUAAUUGUCAUAUAUUUUUUUCAAAAUAUUAGACAAUUUCGAUUUCUAUCUUAACCCUGGUGGAAAUUUUUCCGACUUUUCUCUGAAAAAAUCUUUAGAACUUUAGAACUGAGUUUUUCAGAGAAAAUUCCGAAAAAUUUCCAUCAGGGAAGCGUUUUUAAAAUAUAUAUAACAUAAAUAUAUACGUGAGCAGGAUAUUUUGGCAUGAAAAACAAUUUUUUUCAUUAAAGAAGUAUUCAAAGUGAUUUUAUUAGUAAAUUAUAUAUUAAGGUCAGAACCCAGUACCCGAUCAGGGAACUAGUACUCAAUCACUGCAUAUAUUUGUAUAUUUAUAUUUAGUAAAUAUAGAUGUACAAAUACAUGAGUGUCCGGGUGCUAAUUCCCUGACCGGGUACUGGGUCUCUCCCUUAUGAUAAAAAAAAUUGACUCUAAAAAAAAAAAAAGUGAUGCUUCUAAUAAUUGAAAAUAAAUUGAAUUUCAAAGCUUUGAUUUUGAUCAUUCAAAUAAAUUUACUACAAGAUAGAUGAUAGAGUCAUAAAAUCAAGUGAUACCGCAGGAAUCUGUAAUAAUGAGUUUGAUGUAAAGAUGACAAUAUUCCCUGAUAGCCAAGUUGGCGGCAACCUGGGGAGAAUUUACUGCCGCAACCUGCCGCCAAGUUGGCCGCAAAAGUUGGCAUUUCCAUAAGUUGACGGCAACUUUCCGAGAAACUUGUCGACAACUUUCAGCUCGUGUAACUGUUGGCUACAAGUUGUUCAGAAACUUGGUGACAGGUUGCGGCAGUAGAUUGUCGCUAAGUUUCUGAGCAACUUGUAGCCAACUUGGAGUCAACAGUUAAACAAGCUGAAAGUUGUCGACAUCUUGUCGUCAAGUCGGUCGCAACUCAGGUACAUCAACUUUCUGAUCAGAAACUCUGGCUAUCAGGGUUACAGUCCAUUCUAUCAAAAUUAUUUUUUAAAAGGAAUAAAUUAUGUCCAAAAUUUUCUGAAAUCGAUCUGAAGAAGUAACCAUCUAAUAUGUGUAUACAUUAGGGUGUGUCAUUUCAAGGCUAUAUUUUUUUUUUUACUGUUAUACCAGAAAAUCUGGUAGUAUAU